UUUUAAUGGUUAUUUUUAUAGAUUUGGUAAAAUUAUAUGUAAUAUAUUCAAAUCAUCUUGUCUAACGAAGGAAAUAUGGCUUCAGCGAAGCGGAGUUGGCUGCUGCAGGAGUUUUCUGCCCACACCACGGCCCUCACCACUGCAGCUCUCGGUAAAAAGUCUGGCCGUGUAAUGGCCACAGGUGGAGAAGAUGGCCAUGUUAAUUUAUGGGCAGUUGGAAACCCCCAGUAUAUCAUGAAGUUCACUGGCCAUUCCUCAUCAAUUGAAGCUCUUUCUUUCAAUGGUACAGAGGAAUUAGUUUGUGCUGGAUCAAGGUCGGGCCAACUUCGAAUUUGGAAUAUUUCAGAAGGAAAAGUAACAAGAAAUUUAACAGGCCAUAAAGCUGGAGUUAGUUGCCUCGAUUUUCACUCGAUAGGAGAAUUCGUAGCAUCUGGAUCUUUGGAUCACAAAGUUAAAAUGUGGGAUUAUCGUAGAAAAGGCUGUAUUUUUACUUACACCGGUCACGAAGGUGCGAUUAAUGCUUUACAAUUUAGUCCUGAUGGACGAUGGAUGACUUCGGGAUCCGAUGAUGGUACUUGUAAGAUUUGGGAUCUCACUGCUGGAAAGUUAUUGCAUCAGUUUCAAGACCAUGGGGCUCCUAUAACCUGUUUGCAGUUUCAUCCAAAUGAACUAUUAAUGGCUACUGGUGGCCGAGAUAAAACUGUGAAGGUAUAUGAUGUCGAACAGUUUGAAAUUGUAUCUAGUUCUAAGCCACAAGCCAGUGCUGUUCUCAAAGUAGUUUUCUCUGAAAGCGGGCAUUGUUUAUUCUCCAUUUCACAAGAUAUGUGUCAUGCAUAUUUAUGGGAGCCAGAACCCCGAACCACUGAUUCAUUUAUGGUAAAAUGGGGCCGACCCGAUGACGUUGUAAUUUCUAAUCGACAGUUGAUAUCUGCUACAUUUUCACAAAAUUUGGUUUCCAAUUAUGUUGUCGAUCUUACACAAGUACGAACUGCUGCGUUUGAAAUUCCAAAUAGUGCUCUGCCAUUUCAACCACCUCCUACAGCGGUCAGUCCCUUUUCUAGGCCUUCUCAUGUUACUCAUAGGCCACCUACUUCAUGUGCGACAAAUGCGGUUAAAUCGGAGAAUAAAAACGAUAAAAAAGAUAGGAUGCCAGUUCCCCCGGCUGAAUCACAAGUAAACCAAAAUAAUAAUUUUAAUAUUGGUGAAGAUAGACCAUUACAAGUUGAUGAAAAGGAAGUUUUUAAUCCAAAAAGUACCUUAACAAGGUCACCUUCAGGUGGAAGGCCGACCAGUAUUUCAGUCAAUAAACCCGAGCAUUAUAAUCGUAAUGUGAAACCCACACCAUCUCCACAUCAAGCUUCAAACAUACUACCUCACUUGACCCCUGAACCUGCAUCUAAAAACGACAAAUUCCAACCUGAGAAGGAUCAACCUUCCAAAAGUGUUGCGACCAAUUCUACACCAUCCCAACCUGUUCGACUAAAUUAUGGCAGAGUAUCACCUAUUGAAGAUGUCCCAACGAGAGAUCAAAAUAUUCCUGAAAAAUUAGAAAAGAAACGAUCAAGUCCCGAUACUUUUGUAUCUUCUAAUAAUAAUGUAUCAGUGAAUCCAUUGGAAGAAUCAAGAUUAUCUACUAUAGUUCCAGCGCAGCGAGAAGAUCCAGUUGGUUUAGAUAUGAAUGCUUUUCUCCCAGCUAAAAAAGAACCUAUUAUUGGUAAAACGGAAGAAAAUAUAACAGAUACAGAAGCGGUUGCUACAAUCAAGCGGGGAUUUGAAUCUAUGAGACUCGUACUUACGGCACGGCAUAAAAAUCUUGAAAUUGUUCGAGCGAUGUGGACAGGUGGCGACGUGAUGACAUCUAUGAAUACUGCCAUCAGAAUGAAAGAUCAGGCUCUGCUUGUUGACAUGUUAUCUGUACUGAACAGCAAGACCUCACUUUGGAAUUUAGAUCUUUGUCAGGUAAUGCUUCCUGAAAUACACGAUCUACUCUCAAGUAAAUAUGAAACGUACGUGACUGCUGCAUGUGGAGCUCUUAAAAUAGUGUUGAGAAAUUUUGGUCCAUUGAUCAAAUCUAAUAUAUCCGCACCACCAAAUUCCGCUGUAGAUUUGUCGAGAGAAGAAAGAUAUAAAAAGUGUUUUUCCUGCCAUGAAAGUGUGGUACAAAUAAGGACAAUAAUUGAAAAAAAGAUACAACAGCCGGGAAAAGCAGGAAGCAACUUUAGAGAACUUAAUAUAUUGAUCAGCAGUACGCUAGAUUAAAAAGAUUUCACAUAAAGAGCAUGGAAAAGCUUCUUACACACAAAUGUAAAGAAACUUGUCCUCACUGCAAAUGGGAUGACAGUACUCAUUACUUAAAAUGUGAGUAUAUGGUUGUUCCAGAUUUUUUUUUGAAUAUACUGCGGCCCACAAGGAAAGUGCAACCUGCGGCUCGUGGACCAAAUGCCGCCCACAAGGAAAAAUUGUACGGCCCGCGGAAAGGUGCCUAUCUUUCCCGCCCGUAGUCAUGGGUAUAAUUUUUUGCUUGUACCAUUAUUUGUGGUAGACCUGGCGAAAAAUAUAGAAUUUUAUACUGAAUGAUAUAUACGGUAUCUUUCUGAUUAGUAAAUUAAAUAAUUUUUUGGGUGAAUGGGACAACAUUUCUAUGUAUAAUAUGUAGCAUUGAAUGUUUUAAUAGUUUCCACAGAUGACUAAAACUUUAAGAUUGGAGUGUGCGGCUCUAAUAUUCAGCUGAGAAAAAGUUUAUUGUUUGUGAAUUUAGUUAUGUCUGGUAUAUGCGUUUACAAGAUUAUGUUAUAAAUUUAUAAUAUUACAGCUUAUGUGUUUAAUUGAACUGGUGUGUAAAUACUGCUUCUCCCAACCCCCGUUUGUCGUAGUGGGUCUGAAUGCGCCGACUGCAAUUCAACUUUAGCAAGAAUCAUAACACCUGUAUUAAGUGGUCCGAAGGCCCUGUAUCGCACUUUCACAAUUUUUAUGUUUUGCAGUAAUGUUUUGCCUGACAAAGGUUUACUCAGACAGGCAGUAUAUCUGGUAAUAACACUCUGACUUACUCAGACAGGCAUUAUAUCUGGUAUUAACACUCUGAUAAUUAUGAGUUUUGGUUGGACGAAAAUUUAAGCUUGAAACUUCUUUAAAUUUUUUUGUUUGGGGCUAACCAUCGCUUCAAAUAAUUUGUUCCUAAAAUUUUUAUCCCCAAAUAAAUAAUCCUGUUGCUUGAGUAUUUACUUGAGUUACUCGGGUACUGAUUACACUUGUUACUUAAAGCGUUAG